AUGAAGGUGUGGUGCGGCCUGUUGGUGGUGGCCGUGGUGCUGGAGUCGGCCCUGGCCCUGGACCUGGGCCUGAGCAGCCUGUUCGGCGGCAGCAGCGAAGCCGGGAAGGAGGCUGUAGCUGAGGCGGUGGAGAGCGCGGACGUCAGCCCCAGCGCCGGCGCGGCCGCCGACUCCGCGGAGGGCAAGCAGACACUGGCGCAGCCGCCGCCGCUGCAGCUGCCGGGCUUGCCGCCGCUGCCGGGCAUCCCGGGCCUGCCGGCGCUGCCCACGCUGCCGCCGUUGCCCGUCACGCUGCCCUCGCUGCCGGGCAUGCCACCCAUACACCGCACCGAGACCGUCUACGCCACGCGCACCGUCUUCGUCGAGGUAACGAAGAAGGUGACGGAGCACCCGAUGUGUGUGACUAUGUACGGCGUCAAGCCGCCAUGCUUCGGACCGCACGAGCACGGCAAGUACCGCGAGAAUGAAGACGACGAAGACGACUACCCAGAGGAGGGGCUCUACAUCAGUCCGUCUUCCGCCAAGAGGAUCACCGCCACAGCCGCUCCCGACUCUGGUCUGCAUUUCGAGUACCGCGAGGGUCGCAGUUCCGAACAGGACAGCACUGCGCUGGAGGGGAGCACCUCGCUGGAGGCCUCCGCGGGAGACGCCGAGAGCGAGCGCGAGGCGCGCUACCUGGAGUUCCGCCGCGCCACGCCGGCGCCCGAAGAGGUGGCCACGGCUCUGGAGGAGACAGCCCUCGCCCUGCCCUCAGAGAAGCAGCAGCGCGUCUUCAACAACCUGCUGCCCGCCGUCAUCGUCACGAGGAUACUCACUAAGACACUCUGGGUGACCAAAGUGGAAAAGGUCAUCGACAAACACGUCACAGCCACUAUGGAAAUCAAAAACUGCGUACCCGCUGAUAGCAAGAUUCCGUUCUGCAAAAAGAGUGACAAGCCCAAACCGCCGCCACCUGUUCACAAACCCGAUCACUAUGACUAUGACCACUACGACCACAAUCCCAGUCAGGGUGAUCACAAACCUGACUACUAUGAUGACAAACCUGACCACUACGAUCACAAACCAGGCCCAUAUAACCAUAAACCAGCACCCUAUGAUCACAAACCACCUUCUCAUCCUCCUCCAAAACCGGAUUACUAUGAGCACAAACCACAUCACCCCCCUCCUCCUCCACCAAAACCGGAUUACUAUGACCACAAACCACACCAUCCGCCUCCUCCUCCUCCAAAGCCAGAUUACUACGAUCACAAACCAGACUAUCCUCCUCCUCCCCCUCCAAAGCCAGAUUACUACGAUCACAAACCAGACCAUCCUCCUCCUCCUCCUCCAAAGCCAGAUUACUAUGACCACAAACCGCACCAUCAUGUUCCACCUCCUCCUCCCCCAAAGCCAGAUUACUAUGACCACAAACCGCAUCCUCCUCCUCCUCCUCCUCCAGCAAAACCAGAUUACUAUGACCACAAACCAGACCACCCUCCCCCUCCUCCUCCUCCUCCAAAGCCAGAUUACUAUGACCACAAACCGCAUCCUCCUCCUCCUCCUCCUCCUCCAGCAAAGCCAGAUUACUAUGAGAACAAACCAGACCAUCCCCCACCUCCUCCUCCUCCUCCAAAGCCAGAUUACUAUGACCACAAACCGCAUCCUCCUCCUCCUCCUCCUCCAGCAAAGCCAGAUUUCUAUGACCACAAACCAGACCAUCCUCCCCCUCCUCCUCCUCCUCCAAAGCCAGAUUACUAUGACCACAAACCGCAUCCUCCUCCUCCUCCGCCAGCAAAGCCAGAUUACUAUGACCACAAACCAGACCAUCCUCCCCCUCCUCCUCCUCCUCCAAAGCCAGAUUACUAUGACCACAAACCGCAUCCUCCUCCUCCUCCGCCAGCAAAGCCAGAUUACUAUGACCACAAACCAGACCACCCUCCCCCUGCACCUAAGCCAGACUAUCCUCCACAUCCUCCCAAGCCAGACUACCCUCCAAAACCAGCCCACUAUGAUCACAAACCUGCGUCCUCACCUCAUCCAGUCCCUCCACCUAAACCAGACCACUAUAAGCCAGUUCAUGAAACGAAACCCGAACACUUUGAUUACAAGCCAGAUCAUCACGAAUACGACUAUCCAGAACCUUCACCAAAGCCUGUUCACGUUAAGCCUGUUUACGAUGACCAUGACUAUGAUUAUGACCACAAACCAGCACAUCCUGACAGCAAGCCCACUCAUCCGCAAUAUGAUCUUGAACAUGACUACAAGCCUGGCCACUACAAACAUUCUUAUCAUCACUUCAUUAAUGAAGACCACGAAACUGGAAAGCCAGAGCCGGUCUCGACACCACCAAAUGAGCAUGACGACGAAGAAUCAUCACAUAAGUCACCACUGACAGAGGCCAUUCCUCCUCCUCCUACGACACCAUCUCCUUCAACUCCUCCAGUGAAAGCACCCUCUUCAGCCAAAGUGCAAUGA